GCAUAUAUAAUGAGAACAUGCCAAACUACACAAAGACCCAAACCAAAAGUCCCUAGGACCUAGACUAUUUGUUUUUAAGGAUAAUGUGAGUCCGCUAUUUUGGAAAGUGCAGGUUAGCUGCUAGCCUUGCUAAUGCUGCUGGAUUCAUUCAGAUGAACUGUAAACACUGUUAAACAUGGAUUCUAACGAUGAUGUGUCAUUAUUUGAUGAAGAAGACUUUCCCAGAAAUGCGCGGAAAUCCAAAAUCAAGCACCCGGUGGCAUCGUUCUUCCACCUGUUUUUCCGUGUGACUGCCAUCCUGGUGUACCUGCUGUGUGAGCUGCUCAGUAACAGCUUCAUUGCCUGCAUGGUCACCAUCAUUCUCCUCCUGUCUUGUGAUUUCUGGACUGUCAAGAACAUCACAGGUCGGUUGUUGGUGGGACUGCGCUGGUGGAACCAGGUGGAUGAAGAUGGGAACAGUCACUGGGUGUUUGAAUCUAGAAAGGUGAGUGAAGAUAAACACUCAGCAUCUCUGAUGUCUGAUUCAGAAGCUCGGCUCUUCUGGUUGGGUCUGAUCAUCUGCCCUCUGCUGUGGAUCAUCUUUACCUUCAGCACCCUCUUUUCCUUCAAGAUCAAAUGGCUGGCGGUUGUGUUAAUGGGCUUGGUCCUGCAGUGUGCUAAUCUUUAUGGAUACGUUCGAUGUAAAGUAGGAACCAGUAGCAAUCUGAAGAACAUGGCGACCAACUACUUUGGAAAGCAGUUCUUCAAACAGGCUGUGAGUAAACAGGAAGGAUCGUGAAGCGGAGCUGCAGAAAGGAUCAUCAUAUGUUUGGGACACCCUCCUUAAAAACCCCACUGGAGUCCAGCUCCUUGAAAAUAAAGCUUCUCGAAAACAACAACCAAGCUGAAAAAAAAAAAAAAAAUGACUUUCUUUUCUUUUCAUGUGUGUAAUCAGAUUAUAUUUAUGUGCUCACUGAUAUUGUAUUUAAUGUAAUACUUAGAUUUGGUUUGUCUUUAGUGUACAUGUAUGGAGGAGGCUCAACAGUGUAAUGAUGCAACGUCUCCAUCUAUUGGACAAAAAGCUUAAUAUCAGUGUUUUAAUCAGAAAAGAGGGAGACUUUCAAAAACUACAUUUAAUUAAAUGAGUGGAUUUGUGUGGUCAAACAUUUGUUAGUUGAUUGAAACGUGCAGUGGUUUAUUUACACAUAUCUUACUAUUUCUAAGGAAAAUGAUGUUUGAUAUUUAUGGUUAUUUUAGCUUAUUUAGCCUUAUUAAAUUAGUUUACAUAUUUUAUUGUGUAAAACACCAUAAAUAAAGAGAAA